CACGCUACGUGAGCAAAUUAGCAAAUUCCUGGCGGCAAACGAAACGAGCUGUUCAUUUAGGCCCUCGUCGAACAGAUUCUUCUUCGUGUAUCUCCAUUGUGCUCGCUUGAAUCAAUUCGUACUGUACUGUGACUCGUACGUGUAUCGAAGGAAUACAGACGAACGAUUUAACGAUGUUUAUUCGAUAGAAUAAUUCGAGGCUUCGAACUGGUAUGCUGGGUAUGUUAUUUUACGAAAUGAUGAUAGGGAAACGGGAACAAGCCUCAAGAAUAUCAAAUCGCGGGAAACCCGAUUUACUUUACUCAAUAUACAGAUUCCGACGUUUGCAGGGUAAAACCAGCGGGUCUAAGGAAUAUUUAAUCCUGCGCACUUCAGCCAUGAAAGCGGCUGCUAAUCCUCAAACGAUCUUUCGCGAGCCAGUUCCCUUGAAAAUUCGAUGCUGA